AAUAGUUUCUGAUUAUCUCGCAACACUGUACACGAACGAACUGUCAAACUUCGAAACACACGAAUGGCCGCUUGUUAAGUCAAACUGCAGAUGAACCCGGUCGAACAAAUAAUUUAAUAUCCGCUAAAUUCAAGAUCAUCUUACACCGUAAUUGUUUCAAAUCGAACAAACGUCAUGAGUGCUUUCCCGGGAAGUAUUGCCUUUGAUGAGUAUGGUCGUCCAUUCAUCAUUUUACGCGAUCAAGACCAACAAAAACGACUAACUGGAAAUGAUGCCAUAAAAAGUCACAUAAUGGCUGGUCGCCAGAUAGCUUCCACCAUAAAAACGUCUCUUGGACCAAAGGGUUUGGACAAGAUGAUGGUAACCGGUGACGGUGAAGUUACUGUGACCAAUGACGGCGCCACAAUUCUCAAGAUGAUGGAUGUUGACCAUGAAAUAGCCAAGCUGAUGGUACAAUUGAGUCAAUCACAAGAUGAUGAGAUUGGCGAUGGAACAACUGGUGUUGUCGUCCUAGCUGGUGCACUAUUGGAACAAGCUGAAUCCUUACUGGAUCGAGGAAUUCACCCAAUUCGCAUUGCUGACGGUUUUGAAUUGGCUGGACAAUGUGCUGUGAAACAUUUGGACAGCAUUGCCGAACCAUUUCCCAUUGCUGCCGAUAAUUUGGAACCUCUUGUCCGUGUGGCGAUGACCACACUGGGAAGUAAAAUUGUCAACAAAUGUCACAGGCAGAUGGCUGAAAUUGCUGUUAACGCUGUCAUGACUGUUGCUGACUUGGAAAAGAAGGACGUCAACUUCGAAUUGAUUAAGAUCAUCGGUAAAGUUGGUGGUCGUAUGGAAGAUUCCAGUUUGGUUAAAGGUGUCGUCAUCGACAAAUCAAUGAGUCAUCCACAAAUGCCGAAAAGCAUGAAGGAUGUUAAAAUGGCCAUUAUUACAUGCCCGUUCGAACCACCAAAACCAAAGACCAAAUACAAGUUGGAUGUUACAUCAGUUGAUGACUAUCAGGCACUUCGUACCUACGAAGCCGAGAAAUUCGAAGAAAUUGUAAAACUGGUCAAAGACUCUGGAGCUACCCUAGCAAUUUGCCAGUGGGGUUUCGAUGAUGAAGCAAACCAUUUGUUGUUGCAACAUAAUUUACCAGCUGUUCGCUGGGUAGGUGGUCCUGAAAUUGAAUUGAUUGCUAUUGCCACUGGUGGACGUAUUGUACCAAGAUUCGAGGAAUUGACACCGGAAAAACUUGGAACUGCUGGCACGGUUAGAGAACUGUCAUUCGGCACAGGUCAAGACAAGAUGCUGGUUAUUGAGGAUUGCAAGAGUUCCAGAGCCGUUACGAUUUUACUACGCGGUGGAAACCAAAUGAUCAUCGAUGAAGCCAAACGGUCCGUUCACGAUGCGAUUUGCGUUGUUCGAUCUCUGAUUAAGGAUUCUCGUAUUGUUUAUGGUGGUGGAGCCGCUGAAAUCAGCAGUUCAUUGGCUGUGGCUAAAGAAGCCGAUCAACUAUCAACCCUCGAACAAUACGCAUUCAGAGCGUUCAGUGUGGCAUUGGAAGCUGUCCCAUUGGCAUUGGCUGAAAACAGUGGCCUUCUACCGAUUGAAACUUUGUCCGAAUUGAAGUCCCGCCACACGGGUGAAAAAGUAUCUACGUACGGCGUGGAUUGCAUGUUAACCGGUGAAAGUGACAUGAAAAAGCAUCACGUAGUGGAGUCUCUGCACUCAAAGAAACAGCAAAUCAUCCUGGCCACACAAUUAGUGAAAAUGAUUUUGAAAAUUGAUGAUGUUCGAUCGCCCAAUGAUCAACCACAGUACUAAGUUUAAUUUAAUUUCGAGUAUUAAUCAUAGGAUCGUGUCUUGUUCAGUAACCAUCAGCACAUCGGAACCAGUUGUUUUAAUUUUCACCUUAAAUAAACGCUUUUUACUUACUAAAAAC